CAACGUGGUUUUUGACACGCACAAAACAAAACACUGCAGUUGGCCGCGCGGCAUUGUUGCGAUUGUUUCGGGCGUUCACCACCGUGUUCUGCACAUUGUUAUGCUUCGGGAGGUUGUUUCGUUCGCCUGAUACGAGGACACCUUUUCUUGCUGCAAUUUGCUUGUGCAGUGUUGGUGUAGUGCGUGUAGUACGACGCCCUUGAUACGACGAGCGUGCAGUGUGACCAUUCCAUCCGGACGGCACAGCAGCAGCAGCAGCAGCAGACGCAACAGGAAGUGCAAUUUUCCCUCCGAAGGAUACAGUGAAACGCAGCGUAAAUCAGCGCAUCCUAGAUCGUGAUCGCGAGAGCUCUCUCUCUCUCUUUUUACCCCAUCCCCUGCCCCCGGCGAGCGUUGUUUAGAACAACGGCAAAAACAUCUGUUUCGCGGAGGACGAAUCCAUACCGGUGGCCGGAGCAGUGCAACCGUUCGAACCGUGGAAAGGCACGGAACGGAACACACUGAGAGCGGACAGCAGCGGACAGAAAACACACGCGCGGUAUAAAGCACGACCGCUGCCACGAUGAGCCGGUUAUUCGGUAGUAGUAGUGGUUCGGUGCUCGGUACGGCCGGAAGCAAAAUGUCGUCGUUCCGCAAGGUGACUCACUGUAUCUUCGACAUGGACGGGCUGUUGCUUGACACGGAAAAUCUUUACACGCAGGUAACGCAAUCGAUCGCGGAACCGUACGGCAAAACGUACACGUGGGAGAUCAAGCAAACGAUCAUGGGGCUGCAGCGGGACGAAGCGGCCGAAGCGAUCGUCGCCGCCCUAGAGCUACCGCUGACACCGGCCGAGUACGUGGAGAUAUCGACCGAGCGGAUCAAUCGCGUGAUGGAACAGUGUCAGCUAAUGCCAGGUGCAGAGCGGCUGGUGCGCCAUCUGCACCAACACAAUGUGCCGAUCGCGCUGGCCACCAGCUCGGGAGCGGAUUCGGUCGAGGUGAAGACAAAGAACCACCGCGAGCUGUUCGAGCUGUUCGGGCACAAGGUGAUGGGUUCGUCCGAUCCCGACGUGAAGGAGGGUAAGCCGGCGCCCGACAUCUUUCUGGUCGCCGCGGACCGCUUCCCGGACCGGCCCGCUCCCGACCAGUGCCUGGUGUUUGAGGAUGCGCCGAACGGUGUGACGGCAGCGAUUGCGGCCGGCAUGCAGGCCGUUAUGGUGCCAGAUCCGCACAUCGAGGAGGACCAGCGGAAGCACGCGACGGUCGUGCUGAAAUCACUCGAGGACUUCCAUCCGGAACAGUUCGGUUUGCCGCCGUUUACGUCGUGAACCACGCGUGGGACGCUUUUGACGACUACCCCGGAGCCGGCCAUUACUCCCCGGAAAAAAGCUUAUAACUACUACUACCACUACUACUACUACCACAACUGCAAGCCGCAACGUAGUGUGUGUGUGUGUGCGGCACACGUCCGAUUUUAGCAGAGCAGUGUUCUAAACACAUCACCAACGUUGGAGCGAAAUUUUGAUGAAGCGCGCGCACGCACACGUUUCGUUUGCGUAGAACGCACAAGCGUCCAACCCGCAAAAGGGGUCCACUGCCGGGUGGGAGGGACGUUAGUUUGUAUUUAGUUUUAUUUCUCGGAAAGCUUUUUCUUUAGGUGCGCGAUCGAGGUGUAUCGCUAGAAUGUGAAAUCGCUUGAAUGAGCGCCCGUCAAUGCGAAAAAAAAAGAAGAAAAUACAAUGUUGUAAUUGUAAAGAAAACGGCA